CGGCGUGCUAAGCGAAGAAUUCCAACCAAUCGGAGUAGAAGGAUUUUUUUUUCACUGGCGCUGCCGGGGCGCGCGGGCGGCUUUUGUGUGAGGAGGAAGCGGGCGGUGGUGACCCGGACACACCCGGAAAAAAACUGAAACGUACCGGGGGGGAGGGAGGGGGUAUUUAGUCACCCGGGAGCCGACAUCCGGAAGCCUCCCACGACGCCAGGAAACCCCUCGGCGAUAAAACACCCGUUACUCCCCCCGCGGCGCCCAAAACUGAGGCCUGGGCCUGGUCAGCGCACACACGACCCCAACCGGGUGCACUACUGCCCGAAACGUCACCGCCAGGAGGGUAGAAGUCCAUAGACACCCGAAUAAAAGAACCGUCGCCAUUUUAUGUCGCCCCUACAGACGAGGCUCACCCGAAAAAUAUUAAAAAGAACUGUAUAGACGCCCGGAUUUUUUUUUCUUCUCAGUAGGAGUGGGGGUGAAGCCCGGAUAUUACGUCAGACCCCCGGUUUUCCUCCCCUCUCCUUACGGUCAUCCGCGGGUUCCUGUCGCUGAGUCCGAGACACCGGGAUCUAGAAUGGAACAAACUGAAGGCCCUAUGAGAGAAAGGGAAAGCUGAUGAUGCCUGAGCACGACAAUGGAUUUCUCCUUCUCUUUCAUGCAAGGGAUCAUGGGAAACACAAUCCAGCAACCCCCUCAACUCAUCGACUCCGCCAACAACCGGCAGGAUGAUGCCAAUAGCAGUGAUCAGGCCGAUGAGGGUGGGCACACACCCUACGAUUCUGGCCUCCAGCCGGACUUCCAGUACCCCACUCCCACCACCGAGGACCUGCCGCCUCUCACCAAUGGCUACCAGUCUUCGCUGGGGUAUGACUCACAGGUCAAAUACGCAACCUACUCUCAGUAUCCCAAUGGUUCAGCCAAUGGGUACGGCAUGAGGAACUACAGCACUCUGGAGUGUUACCACCACCUGGAAACGGCGGCCAUGCGCCCUCAUGAGGGAGUGUUCAAAUCUUCGCCCCCUCAGCCCACAUCACCACCCAACCUUCUGCAACCACCUCCGUCCUCAACGAUCAUCACCCAAAAGAAGACCGGUUCCCCUGAGAUCAAGUUAAGAAUUACAAAGACUAUUCAGAAUGGACGGGAGAUGUUUGAGUCGUCGCUGUGUGGGGAUCUUCUGCUUGAGGCCAGUGAGAUAAAUCGGAAGAAGCAUGAGAGGAGGAGAGAGAGGAAAGAGAAAAGGAAAAAGAGCAGCAGGCAUCAUCAUCACCAUCACCAUCAUCACCACCACCGGGAAGAGCUGAUAGCGGAGGAGCCACAACCACACGAGAUACACAAGGUGGAUCCUCCCGAGGAGGAAACUGUUCAGCUCUUGCCCAUCUCCCCGCUCCCCUCUGAGGUCAGGACGGUCGUUUGGUUUCACGUGGGCGAUUUGGUUUGGUCUAAAGUGGGAACGUACCCCUGGUGGCCCUGUAUGGUGUCCUGUGACCCCCAGCUCCAUGUCCACAGCAAGAUCAACACCAGAGGCGCUCGGGAAUACCAUGUACAGUUCUUCAGCAAUGAACCAGAGAGGGCCUGGGUGCAUGAGAAGCGCAUGCGCGAGUAUCGGGGGCAGAAGCAGUACGAGAUGCUGGUGGCUGAAGACUCUGCCAAGGUCGUCAACCAGUCUGAGAGACUUAAGAUGCGGAAACCUCGCCCUCAGAAGGAGCGCAUCCAGUGGGAGAUUGGCAUCGCUCAUGCAGAGAAAGCCCUGCGGAUGAGUCGGGAGGAGAGGAUAGAACAGUACACCUUCAUCUAUGUAGACCCAGAGACCUUACCCGAACCUAAAAAAGCAGCCAGUAACAAAAGGAGUCGGAGGUCCACCUCUAGUAAUGAUACCGAACCUGUCUGUCCUAAAGAAGUCUCCUCCCCUGCUUCAAAGCAUUCUGCCCCUUUACCUUCUCCUUCGCCCAAGGACAAUAAUGACUCUGUACCUGUACCUGCACCUGUACCAGAAACUCGGAGGCAGAGCCAGAGGAAACAGGCUCAGGAAGAGGAGCCAACGCCGCCCCAGCCCCCUCCAGCAAAGAUACCGUGGAAGACUGCAGCCGCCCGCAAGUCGCUUCCUCCCUCAGUUCUACUACACAAGGGCACCAUUGACCUUCAGAAGUGCAACAUGUCACCUGUGGUGAAAAUCGAAAAUGUCCUCGCCCUCCAUAAUGCAACUUCUGAUGGUUUCGAACAGUUCAUAUACACAACCAAGGGAGUCGGUAACAAGCCGGAAAUCACAGUCAAAGCUCCAGAAAAGACAUCUGUACCCUCCCCCAAUUUGAAGAUGGAGAAACUGUCAGCACAACACACGCCUGCUCCCGAAACCUCAUCGGGGGUCACAGGAACCUCCGAGAAGAAACACCAGAGAAGGUCCAAUCGGACUCGUUCAGAAUCUGAGAAGUCCUUGGACUCCGUGCCAAAGAAGAAGGUGAAAAAAGAGCAGGUUGAUGUCACCCCAUUAACAGCGGUGCAGACUGGAUUGCAGAAGGGGGCCAGUGAGAUAUCAGAUGCAUGCAAGCCCUUGAAGAAGAGAAGCCGGGCCUCUACUGAUGUGGAACUUGCCAACUCCUCCUACCGGGACGCUUCUGACUCUGACUCCCGUGGCCUGAACGAUGCACAGAUUAGCUUUGAGAAGCAAGUGGACAGUCCGUCAGCCGCUGGUGAGGCGGACGCCUCUGAUGUCCAGUCUGUAGAUUCCAGUGUUUCUCGGCGGUCAGGCAAGAGAGACACUGUGUGUCAGAUCUGUGAAAAUUUUGGUGAGUCGCUGGUGUCCUGUUAUGGUGAUUGCUCUCGACUCUUCCAUCUUGAAUGUCUUGGCAUGGAUACACUACCGGAAGGAAAAUUUGUCUGCAUGGAGUGUAGAACUGGCAACCAAACCUGCUUCUCCUGCAAAUUAUCCAACACCAAUAUAAAGCGCUGCUCUGUCCCUUCCUGUGGCAAGUUCUACCACGAAGCCUGUGUGCGGCAAUAUUCAGCCACCGUCUCAGAUUCCAGGGGCUUCCGCUGUCCUCACCACUGCUGUAGCUCUUGCACUGCUGAAAAGGACAUGUACAGAGCUUGCAAAGGACGCAUGUUGCGCUGCAUGCGAUGCCCUGUGGCGUAUCACAGUGGGGACAGCUGUGUGGCUGCGGGCAGCCUUAUCCUGUCUUCAAGCCUCAUGAUUUGCAGCAACCAUUCCAAGCGCAGCAGUCAUUCGUCCUCCGCAGUCAAUGUGAGCUUCUGCUUUGUGUGCGCGCGAGGGCUGAUAGUUCAGGAUUAUACCCUGGUCAGUUCUAUGUCCUUUAAGUCCCACUAUCUACUGAAUGACUCAAAGCGUGCAGAGUUGAUGAAAAUACCUAUGAUUCCUUCUUCCUCGCCAGCUUUCCUAAAGAAAUCUGAGAAAGGAGGCGGCAAACUCCUGUGCUGUGAUUCAUGUCCAGCCGCCUUUCACCCCUCCUGCCUCAACAUAGAGAUGCCACAAGGGUCCUGGAGCUGCAACGACUGCAGGACCGGAAAGAAGCUGCACUACAAGCAGAUCGUAUGGGUUAAGCUAGGGAACUACAGAUGGUGGCCUGCGGAGAUCUGCAAUCCAAGGUCUGUCCCAUUUAAUAUCCAGGAACUGAAACAUGACAUUGGAGACUUUCCGGUUUUCUUCUUCGGCUCGCUUGAUUACUACUGGGUGCACCGGGGUCGUGUUUUUCCCUACGUAGAAGGGGAUAAAAGUUUUGCUGAAGGCCAGACCAGUGUUAAUAAAACUUUCAAGAAAGCUCUUGAAGAAGCUGCUAAAAGAUUCCAUGAGUUGAAGGCACAGCGAGAGAGUAAGGAAGCUCUGGAGGUAGAGCGCAACUCCAGAAAACCGCCUGCUUACAAGCACAUAAAGGCCAAUAAACCUGUGGGCAAAGUUCAGAUCCAGGUGGCGGAUGUCUCUGAAAUACCUCGUUGUAAUUGUCGUCCCACUGAUGAAGCCCCUUGUGGCCUGGACUCCCAGUGCCUGAACCGCAUGUUGCUGUACGAGUGUCACCCUCAGGUGUGCCCUGCUGGUGAAUACUGUCAAAAUCAGAGCUUUACCAAACGGCUCUACCCAGAGACUGAGAUCUUCCGUACAGACAAAAGAGGCUGGGGUCUAAGGUGCAAAAGAGAUAUCCGCAAGGGCGAAUUUGUCAACGAGUACGUUGGGGAGCUGAUCGAUGAAGAGGAGUGCAGACUACGACUGAAACGAUCCCAUGAGAACGGUGUCACCCACUUCUACUUGUUGACGGUCACAAAGGAUCGCAUCAUCGAUGCCGGCCCUAAAGGGAACUACUCGCGAUUCAUGAACCAUAGCUGUAACCCAAACUGUGAAACACAGAAGUGGACGGUAAAUGGGGAUAUCAGAGUUGGGCUGUUUGCCCUCUGUGACAUACCUCAAGGAGCGGAGUUAACAUUUAACUACAACCUUGACUGCCUGGGGAAUGGCCGGACAGAAUGUCAUUGUGGGGCGGAUAACUGCAGUGGCUUCCUGGGGGUACGACCUAAAACAGCUUGUGCGACAGCAAAUGAAGAAAAGGCCAAAAACGCUCGUCUGAAGGCCAAAAAGAGGAAGAUCAAAACUGAGCAGAAGCAGAUGCAUGAAGAUUUCUGUUUCCGCUGUGGAGAUGGGGGAGAACUGGUGAUGUGUGAUAAGAGAGACUGUCCGAAAGCGUAUCACCUCCUCUGCCUUAACCUGACACAGCCUCCUUAUGGAAAAUGGGAUUGCCCGUGGCACCAAUGUGACCUGUGCGGAGCCGCUGCUUCAUCCUUCUGUGACUUCUGUCCGUCGUCUUUCUGCAGAGAGCAUGAGAAAGGAGCGCUGACAGCCUCAGCCCAGGACGGGAGACUGUACUGCUCGGAGCAUGACCCCAAGCACUUGCUGCCCUAUGGAAAGGAGAAGAAAUUUAAAUGUAAAACUGAGAGCGAGGGCUCAUCCUUCCCAUCCAAGUUUUAAAGGAGACAAUGCACUUAGAACAGAAGACUAGUCCUGUCAGUACCACGUACGCCCCCCGCUCCUCCUCUUCCUCAGUGUGCAGUGGGGGGCUUGUAACGCACACAUCAAAGUGUUUUAACGCCAGGAUUAGAUUGUACUUGUCCUUUUAGUGUCAUUUUGUUGUUCCUGGAAACUUCUUCUACGUUUUCUUUUUUAAUAGUGAAUCCAGUCCUCCCUCUCUCCUCCACCUUUGUGGUAAGCAAAGUUGUAUUUAUUCUAUUUAUUAUAAUUUUUUUUUUUAUAAUUAUUACUGUUGAAUUUUGGAUUGUGAAUGAAACGCAGCUCUGGGGCAAAGUGGUUUCAUGGAAGCGUUGAAGAAACGGCAAGUUUGCAGCUCUGACGUGUUAGCGGACAGAUGGAAAUUCAGCAUUAUUCCUGGAUAUCUCCUGGAGUAUUCCUUCAGUCGAUUUUGGUAGGAUUCAAUGGCAGCUGUUCUCUUUAAAGGACGUAUGUUGAAAUUUGACAAAUGGUUAACUCCUUGUGCUGAUUUUUUAUUUUUAUUUUUUUCGAAUUCAAGAGGAAACGUACAACUCAUUUUCCUCCUUGCAACAUAAGGUGCAUCCAAUCUCUAUUAUACUGUUCUGUGGCGCCUCAAGGGGAACAUAUAGCGUCUACCACAUGCCAUGUAUAUAUCAUACCUCCUGGAAAACCAAGGAGCAUGGACAAAAAAAAAAAGACAACAGUGUCAUCUUUCUGUCUCUAAAAUAUGGUGGAUUGAAACAAACUGUUUGCCUGUCUUGUGAAUCAGCAAACCCCUCUGUCCUGAAUAACCAAUAGUUCUUUCCCGUCAAAUUUGAAGGUUCAUAACAGUGUGUCGACCAAGGAUACCCAUAAAUAAGGGAAUUUCAUCUGCUUCCUGCCAUGCUAUCCUAGACAGAUGCCGACUAUGCCUGCACAUGAGACAUGUUAGAAGUUCUGUCGCUCACUAUAUGCACGUUUUAGCCACUUUCACCGGUAACCUGACUGUAUUUGCUUUACAACACUCUAUGUACAUGUAGAAAGCAGCAAAUAAAGAAACUGUUAUCUCGGCCCCCAACCAAAGAUAUGAUGUCCUUUUCUGAAAGAGUACAUAAUGAUGGGAGAGUUAAGAAAAACUGGAAAAAAAGGUCUGAUUGGUUGUCACCUGGUGAACAUGGAUGAGUUUUUAUACGGGACCGCACACGGGUGGAGUCUGUGUGCGGUCCCUUUUCCCGAAGACCCAUUCAUUGGAAUGAAUGAGUCUUGAGAGAAAAACAGACAGAUGUAGAAACACUCUGGGAUUAUUUUUCCCCAUGGAAUGAGGAACGUCUACCCAGUCAGUGUUCAGUCCGCGUGCUGUCCGUUCUAAACAUGGACAGCACUUGGAUGGAAAUAUUGUCCAUCUGAAACCUGCCGAAGCAAACAGAGAGCUGGGCUUUGAACCCCCAUCUUUUGUUUUCCUGCUAUUCUAUAAAGUACAUAAAGUGUGUAUAGUAAAUCAAUUAUAGCCAGGAUUUAGGUGCGGCCUAUAAUUUAAGCCGUUUCUGUUGUUAUAAAGAUGUACCUAGUGACUCCACCACCUUCCAUGCCAUAGUAAAGGGGUUGUCCAGCCUGGAACAUUUUGAAGUCAUAGUCACCUCACCGAUCCCUUGAUCCACCUCUUCUGAAACUUACUGGGUUCUCCGCCAGCCUUUUUCUUUGUCCCUCUCGGCACUGGAAGUGACCACCCAGCCAGUCGAUGACCGCAGCACUGCUUCCCCUCAGCCAGUCAUUUCUGUGUAUCGAGAGGCACCAGGAAGGAGAGACAAGUGUAGGAACUGGGAAACAUUGGAACAGAAGCGGCAGAGUGUGGUGAGAAGGACUUGGGUAUUUUAUGCUGGACAACCUCUUUAAAGUGUCACUGAGCUUUCAGAAAACUUUUGACAUGUCAUAGCAAAAUAUCAAAGGUCUUGAUGGGUGGGAGUGUGAAUGUAAGACCCCCAGUGAUCCCUAGAAUAAGGAGAGAGAAGCACUCUCAUAUUGUGCUCCCGUUCCUCGCUGUAGGAGACGGAAUCCAGACGGGCCCACAGACUUUUCUAUUGAGCCAUCACCUUCUCGUUUUAGGUGUCUGUUUAGAUCUCAGCUCUCAGACCCCCCCACUGAUCAAAACCUUUGAUAGGUCACCAUGGCAUAUCAAAAGUUUUUUUUUUCAAAGCUCAGUGACCCUUUAAGGCUGCAGAUCCCAUUCUUGCUCCUCAGCGUAUUUAGAUCAUUGACAUAUACGGUAUUAUCUGUAGAAUAUGUCCACAAUUCCUAAUAGGUUAGGUCUUCACCUUUGGGAGAAGGUGGCUCCCGUCACCGCUGUUGUAUCAAGCAAACUGGCCACCCAUAGCGGAAAGGGGCUUACAGGAACUCCGUCUUACCACCAUUGACUGUUUUGCUUGUUACAGUGCAGGUUAUGGGUAUUAGAGAUGGAGCGCCCACCUAUCGGACCAUUAUGUCCUAUCUUACAUGCGUGUCAAUAUUUUCAGUUUCCGCCUCCAGUGAUAUCAUUUACAACGUGCACCAAUCCAUUGCAGUUUUUGCAAGCGAUACCAUUGAUUCUACUUUCAUUUAAAUUUGCCCAGCCUACAGCGCAGACGCAUGCCGAUGUAUGCACACCCUCCAUACGGACAAGGUACUGUUCUGUAGUCUGGGCUUUAGAUAUACAUUCCAUAAUGUGUGUUGUGAUGGAUCCUUAUGAGUAUGUGAACAUCUUUAUUUGCCAGUAGGCCCACGGAAGAAAGUGAUUGUAUUGCAGAAUGCGUUCACGUCUAUAAUGGUGUUAGCAAUGUAUCUGCCACCAAAUCAGUAUAGCGGAUGUUUGGAAUCCAAUAAAUUCCAGGUUGUUUUGCAUUUUUAGACUUUCACCUAUGUGUUCGAGGGGAGUCAGGUUAAAAGGGUCCUCAAGGUUUUCGAGAAAGAAGGUCUGUCUUUUGUCAGAAACAGAGCCACUUUUGUUCAUGGUAUUGUGGCUCGGCUCUGUUCACUUUAGAGGUUACCUCCCAAAAAAUAUGUAUUACCUAUUCCCAGGGUAAGUAAAAAUGGCGGGAGGUCCCAAAGUACCCUAUCUAAGUGCAGUAUUUUUUCAACAGUCCAUUCAUUUUUAUGGGGAGUGUUGUCUACAUCAGCCCCCAUAGAAGUGAAUGGAGAGGUGGUCAAUCAUGUGCACUACUGCUCCAUUGAGGGGACCCCUCAGGAUCUCGGUUGGACCCUGGCUACUGUGUAGAUAAGGUGAUAAAUCACUUUUGUGGGAUAACCCCUUUAAUAUGACCUCAGCUGUGAUAUCAGACAAAGCCUAUGAAGGAGGGUGGCACUGCUUCUGGGGGAGGGGAAGCAGACCCUUAUUUCCUAUCCGGGAUGGCGAUUUUUAAACUUUAUUAGGGUACGUAUCGCUCACGCGUUUUAAACUCUUUUUCCUGGAAACAAACCACAUCCUGUAAGUUUUCCCCACGUUGUGCCAAACACACCAGCUUGUUAAUUCCUGUAUUUUUGUCUUGUUCACACAGGGCACAAAGAAAAAAAAAAAAAAAAGAUGAUUCUGUUGUCUCAGUUGUGUGCCAAUGAAAUUUUGUAUUUGCGAUUUCACUGUAUAGUUUCUUUUUUACAUUGUUAUGUUUGUUUUGUGAUGUUUUUACCAUUGUUGUUUUUUUUUACACUUCCUGUAUGGCUUUAUCCAAAUUGGUAUCCUAUUCAUCGUCUGAAAACCAGUAGAUGCUGCUAUUCUAAAGCUACUGCCAGCUUUUGUUCUCAUUAUUAUUAUUUUUUCUUUAACACGGUUAAACCUUGAGCAUUAAACUUCAUUUAAAGGCGAUGUCCGGUUUUCUCAUAUCGAUGACCUAUCAGACUACCAGCAAUGGGACAGAGCAAAUAUAAUUUCGUCUGCGUGCAGGUAAACAGUGAGGAGGACGCCACUCUCUUCUCACCGCUGUGUUCUCUUCAAACAGCUGAUCGGUGGUGGUCCCGGGAGUCUGGUCUGGUAUUGAUGGCCUGUGCCGAGGAUAGGUUGUCGGUAUGAAAAAAAAAAAGGACUAACCCUUUAAGUGCACUAAUCCACACUUUGCUCUGGUGAAGGGUAUAUCUAAAACUUUUCAGAGCGGCUGUCACCUGAGGGUAUCAUGCUGCAGUUUCCAAUGCUAGCUUUUUUGGAGGCCUCAUUGCUCAACCUUGGCUGGUGACUUUGCCUUUUAUAUGGCUAAAGAUCUCUGUGUAACACUUGGUUCACAUCUCAUUUUGUGUGCACACAUUUGGCAGUGUGCGCCAGGAAAUCUGCUGGCCUAAAUGCUAAAGGUUUCCAUAGGCCCCAUGCACCCAGCCUAUGCUAAAUGAGUGUGCUGUUGUCAUAUGCUGGGUUGGUGCGUGCGUUCGUCUGCCAGAGUGGCGAAGUAAAAGGAAAAAUAAAAUAUAUAUAUAUACUGCGUGGUAUACAUCUAUACAGCGGAAUAUGUCGAGGAAUACUCCCUACGCAUACCAAAACGAGAUGUGAAAAGAGCCGUCCAAGGAAUUUAAAACACGUUCCCAAUUGAACACCAUUUUCCAGUUUACCUAUAGUUAACGUUCCGUGUAAAGUUGAGUCUCUUUGCAAAUACAUCACUGAUCCUGUUGCAUUCACAACACUAAAAACUUCAGAGCUCAAGCCCUUUCCAAUCCACCUAAGCAAUAGACCACUGCUCAGUUUGCUUUUUAUGUUUUCUUUCUGCUUUUUUCACUGAAAUUCCCAAACCACUUACCUUGUGACAAUUUGGGCCAUCAGACAUGUCACCUCUCUAUGAAUAUAAUGAUUUACAUUUACUGUCAUUUUCUUGUGUGUUACGGAAAUGUAUUGAUAUCAUCAGGUAGAAUUGUACAACUCUUGCCCAUUACAUUGCCCAGUAGUAACUGAAGAAAAUAUAUUAAAUGAGACAACUUAAUUUCCUGCAUGCAGCUGUCAUUAUUGUGUUAGGGGUAGGUGGGGAGCCCAUGGCAGUCCUCUUUCUGUCGUGUACUGAAAAGAAAACAUUGGAACAGAAAAUCAGUUGUUAUUUGUCUUUUCAUAUACAUCUUUAAAUCCUUCAGCAAACUGAAGCACAAAUGCUGGGCCGUGUUAUUAUGGAACUAGUAUUAUACCUUUUGCAUUAUCUGAAAGUCGGAGGAUUUUAUUGUUGAAAUUUGUUAGUAGUGUAUGUACUUUUAUGCAAGUAAUAUUCUGGUUGUUUCACUAAGGGGAGGUUAAAAUGCAGGUUGCCUGCAGCCACCACUAGAGGCAGGUAUGAGUCUGCUGCAUACUGUUUUAACCCGUUCCCUACCUCCACUGUGGAAGUCGGGUCUUUAAACAUGGAGCUAUAACCGCCAUAUACCUUCUAUUUUACACAGCAGACACCCAGAAGCACUGUGAGUGAUCAUGGAUGAUCAUGCCUAUCACAGACAUUUAACUUCUCAGAUGCAGUGGUCAGCUGCGACCACAGUAUUUGAGAAGGCUUUCCGCGGAAGUGCUGCGCUUCUGGGGCCAGAACAGCUCCCCCCGUGCCGAGAUCAUGGGAGCCAUUUGCUUUCUGUGGCAGCCUCAGGCCUUCUAAACGCUCCAAGGCCUAUGUUCCUAUACAUAAUGAGACUUCCAUGGGCUGCAUUGUUUAUCAUUGCAGUCUAUUGGAGAAGCAAUCUGACAAUAGCAUGUUCAAGUCCACUAGGGGGAACUUUAAAAAAAAAGUAUAUAAAUAGAAAUCACCCCUCUUUUCAGUAUUCAAAAAUAAACAUCUUUAGCAAUGGGGUGUCCCCAAAUGCCCCGGCGUAACGGAUAAAAAAAAAAAGUAAAUGGACGAUUUCAAAUUUUUUCAUUGCUUAACUUCCCAAAAAAUAGAAUAAGAAGUGAUCACAAAGUCAUACACUGUCCAAAAUGCUAUCAAUAAAAACCACAGAUCAACCCACAAAAAGUGAGCUCCAUAGAUAUAAAUAUAAAAAAGUUAUGAGAGUCAGAAUAUGGCGAUGCAAAGAAAUUAAAGUAUUAAAACACAAGAAAAACUAUACAAAUGUAGUAUCACUACAUUUGUACUGACCUGCAGAAUAAAGGGAACAGAGUAAAAACAAAACUCGUACAACUAUGGCAGAAUUGUGGGUUUUUUCCAAUUUUACCCCAUUUGGAUUUUUUUUUCCAGCUUCUCACUACAUUAUAUGCAAUAUAAAAUUGUGCCAUUAGAAAGUACAACUUGUCCCGCUAAAAGCAUCAGCUCGUACGUGUAUGUGAAUGGAAAGAU